ACCUGGAAUUCAGGAUCUACUCCUAACUCUCUCUAUGGGCCUUCUGUAGAUCACACUACCAACUCUGCGCUGGGACACUAUGUGUUCUUCAUGACUGGCUUAAUGUCCAGUGACAAAACUGCACAUCUUUUGAGUGAAUACAUGGAACCAACCUCUGCUGCAUGCUUGACAUUCUGGUACCAUAUGCACAUGUUUUCUACUAUAGUGAAGGGGACUCUUACAGUGUAUAUUAAAGAUGCUGAUGGAUGCCAGGCUAUUUGGAGCAUGACAGGGGACCAAGGAGAUGCUUGGCUGGAAGCAAGGGUGGAUUACGUAACUACACAGCGAUAUCAGAUUUUAUUUGAAGGAAAAGAAGGAAACGUCUUUGAUCAAGGUGACAUUGCACUGGAUGACAUCAGUGUGAGGAAGGACACUACCUGUGCUAACAUUAUUUUAACCACACUACCUCCCACGAGUGUGAGGCCCACACAGCCACCCUCUCCUAUGGACUGCAGUUUUGAACAAGGGCUCUGCAACUGGCGCCAAGAGACAAAUGACAGCUUUGACUGGAUUUGCCAGGCAGGGCGCCAUGUUGAUGUACCUGGAAAUGGACCACUCUUUGACCAUUCUUUUGGUAACAUUGAAGGGUUUUAUUUAAUAAUCAUGGGUUCUGGUAUUGCGGAUGAAGAAACUGCAGUAAUCUCUAGUCCUGUGAUAUCAGAGACCACUGAAUUGUGUGUAAGUUUCUGGUAUUAUAUGCUUGGAUCAUCGGUGUCAACCCUGGAUGUCCUACUGCAAACAAAUUCAUCUCCAGAGACAGUUGUGUGGUCAAGAAGAGGCACACAGAAUGCAGUAUGGCUGGAUGCUCACAUAACUGUCAGAAUGAAGGGAUCAUACAGGGUACAGUUUGCUGGGAAGAGGAAUCGUUUAGGCCAGGGAUUCAUUGCCAUUGAUGACAUCACUAUGAGGGCUGGAGUCUGCACAUAUCACGGUACCUGUGGCUUUGAGAGUCCUUCAGUGUGUGGUUAUGAGCAGGAUGUCACAGAAACUGCUGACUGGGCUCACACAAAUGGCCUGGACUAUGGACCACAGAUUGAUCAGACUUACAGAACAAAGCAUGGCCACUUUAUGACAGUGCUUGGAGAAGAUACAAGAAAAGUUGCUCACCUGUUAACUCCAGAAUACCCAUCAACAAUGGAGUCCUGUGUUCAGUUCUGGUAUUGGCUGACCACAGAUCACAAUGACAGUUUCUCUAUCCACACCAUGGAGAAUGGUGAGCUGGGAGAGGCCCUGUGGGCUCUUUCAGGAGCUAAGUCUCACUACUGGGAGGUGGCCCAAGUCACAGUGUCAACGGCCACACACUUCAAGGUUGUAUUUAAGGCACAGCUAGAUCCUGCUGCUGGCAGCUUUGUGGCCAUUGACGAGGUCACUCUGACUGCUGGUGCCUGUCCCCACACAGGAAGCUGUGAUUUUGAAUCAAGUCAGUGCACAUGGCUGAACUCCCAAGGAGACCAAUUUGAUUGGAUUCAUGCUAAUGAUCAGUUGUCGAUAGUUGGCCCCAGUGUUGACCACACUACCCAAACAGCAGAUGGGAGGUACUUGCUGUGUGAAACCCAACACAGUGCUCCAGGAGACAGAGCUCUUCUCAUUUCAGAGCACUUCCAGGAUAGUGGGAUCAGCUGCUUCACUCUCUGGUAUCACAUGAGUGGCAGGGACUCUGGGUCUUUGCUGGUGUAUCUGCAGACAAGUGCCACACAUAAAGACUUGCUCUUUGAGAUAAAGGAAAGUGGCAACACUUGGAAAAAUUUUACAGACACUGUCAUAGGGCCAAAGAGAUUCCAGUGGUGCUCAACAGAUUAUGCAUUGCCAGUAGAGGAAUCCUGGUCACAGUUGUCCAGUGACAUGGACCAGGCUUGA